AUGGCAUCCGGCUACGACAGAGCUCUGUCGGUAUUCAGUCCCGACGGCCACGUUUUCCAGGUCGAAUAUGCCGGUGAAGCUGUCAAGCGAGGAACUUGUGCUGUCGGUGUCAAGGGUGCCGAUGUUGUGGUGCUAGGAUGUGAGAAGCGCUCCGCCAUGAAGCUGCAAGAUACUCGCAUCACCCCUUCCAAAAUCCAGCUCCUCGAUCACCACGUCGCCCUCGCCUUCGCUGGCCUAAAUGCGGAUGCUCGCAUCCUCGUCGACAAGGCUCGAUUAGAGGCACAGUCCCAUCGUUUGUCAGUUGAAGACCCUGUUACUAUCGACUACAUUACCAAAUAUGUCGCUGGCGUCCAGCAACGGUACACACAGGCUGGUGGCGUCCGACCAUUUGGCAUUAGCACUCUGAUUGUUGGGUUCGAUAACGGCAGCGAUGUCCCUCGACUGUACCAGACUGAGCCCUCCGGCAUCUACUCUGCCUGGAAGGCAAACGCUAUCGGUCGUUCAAGCAAGACUGUUCGUGAGUUCCUCGAGCGAAACUACAAGGAGGAGAUGGACCGAGAGGCUACCAUCCGGCUUGCAAUCAAGUCGCUGCUCGAGGUUGUUCAGACCGGAGCCAAGAACAUCGAGAUUUCUCUCAUGGCACCUGGCGCCACCAUCGAAACACUACCUACGUCCGAGAUUGAAGGCUACGUCAAGGAAAUCGAGCAGGAGAAGCAGGAAGAAGCUGCCAAGAAGAAGACGGGACGGACCCCUGGAACCGGCAGUGCUGCCAUCCUGACCCGAUCUCAGGAUGACUCCGCUGCGGAAUAG